AGAGACGCACAGAGAGGGAGAGGCAGGCUCCAUGCAGGGAGCCCGACGUGGGACUACAUCCCGGGUCUCCAGGGUCAGGCCCUGGGCUGAAGGCGGCGCUAAACCGCUGAGCCACCCUGGCUGCCCAACAACAUUACCUAUUAAAGAGGUACCCUGAAAUUGUUCCAGGUCUUGCUAUUUUGGAAGCUACAAGAUUAGGGAAGGUUUGGUCUUGUAAGUGGACAUGGCUCAGAUAUCCAGCAAUAAUGGAUUUAAGCAAUGUUCAUCACAUCUGGAACCAACAAGAACAAAAGAAGUAGACAAAGAAGAAGCAUUACAGAUGGAAGCAGAGGCUUUAGCAAAACUACAAAAGGAUAGACGAGUGACUGAUAAUCAGAGAGGCUUUGAGUUGUCAAGCAACACCAGACAAAAAGCACAGGUUUAUAACAAACAGGAUUAUGAUCUCAUGGUGUUUCCUGAAUCUGAUACCCAAAAAAGAACAGUAGAUAUUGAUGUAGAAAAGCUCACCCAAGCUGAACUUGAGAAACUAUUGCUGGAUGACAGUUUCGAGACUAAGAAAACACCUGUCUUGCCAGUUACUCCUGUUCUGAGCCCUUCAUUUUCAGCACAGGUCUAUCUUAGACCUACUAUUCAGAGAGGACAGUGGCCACCUGGAUUACCUGGGCCUUCCACUUAUACUUUACCUUCUAUUUAUCAGUCAACUUACAGCAGUAAACAGACUGCAUUCCAAAAUGGCUUCAAUCCAAGAAUGCCUGCUUUUCCAUCCACAGAACCUAUAUAUUUAAGUUUUCCAGGACAGUCUCCAUAUUUUUCAUAUCCUUUGACACCUGCCACACCCUUUCUUCCACAAGGAAGCUUACCUAUCUAUCGUCCAGUAGUCAGUCCUGACAUGGCAAAGCUGUUUGACAAAAUAGCUAGUACAUCAGAAUUUUUAAAAAAUGGAAAAGCGAGGACUGAUUUGGAGAUCACAAAUUCAAAAGCAACAGUCAGCAAUGUACAGGUAUCUCCAAAGUCUGAAGAUAUAAGUAAAUUUGACUGGUUAGACUUGGAUCCCCUAAGUAAACCUAAAGUGGACAAUGUGGAGGUAUUAAACCACGAAGAAGAGAAAAAUAUUCCAGGUUUACUAGCAGAAGAUCCUUGGGAUGCCGUUCUUCUUGAAGAACGAUCACCAGCAAGUUGUCAUCUUGAAAGAAAGGUGAAUGGAAAAUCUCCUUCUGGGGCAACGGUAACAAGAAGCCAGUCUUUAAAUAUUCGAACAACGCAGUUUACAAAAGCCCAGGGCCAAAUAUCUCAGAAAGACCCAAAUGGGACCAGUAGUUUGUCAACUGGAAGUUCUCUUCUACAAGAAAUUGAAGUACAGAAUGAGGAGGUGGCAGCUUUUUGUCAGUCCAUUACAAAAUUGAAGACCAAGUUUCCAUAUACCAAUCACUGCACAAAUCCAGGCUAUUUGUUAAGUCCAGUUACAGUACAAAGAAACAUAUGUGGAGAAAAUGCUAGCGUGAAGGUCUCCAUUGAAAUUGAAGGAUUUCAACUACCAGUUACUUUUACAUGUGAUGUGAGUUCUACUGUAGAAAUCAUUAUAAUGCAAGCCCUUUGCUGGGUACAUGAUGACUUGAAUCAAGUAGAUGUUGGCAGCUAUGUUCUGAAAGUUUGUGGACAAGAGGAAGUGCUGCAAAAUAAUCAUUGCCUUGGAAGUCAUGAACAUAUUCAAAACUGCCGAAAAUGGGACACGGAGAUUAAACUACAACUUUUGACCUUCAGCGCAAUGUGCCAAAAUUUGGCCCGAACAGCAGAAGAUGAUAAAACAGCUGUGGAUUUAAACAAACACCUGCAUCAAAUGGAAAAACCUUAUAAAGAAGUCAUAACAAGAUACCCUGUUGAAGAACUUUUAGAUUCUUAUCACAACCAAGUGGAACUGGCUCUUCAAAUUGAAAACCAGCACCGAGCAGUUGAUCAAGUGAUUAAAGCUGUAAGAAAAAUCUGUAGCGCUUUAGAUGGUGUAGAGACUCUUGCUAUUACAGAAUCCGUAAAGAAGCUAAAGAGAGCAGUUAAUCUUCCGAGGAGUAACAGUGCUGAUGUGACUUCACUGUCUGGAGAAGACGACAUGAGUAAGAGUUCAUCUAGGGGAUCACUGAAUUUGGAAAAUCCUGUUCAAGUAAGCCUGGACCAAUUAACUGCAGCAAUUUAUGAUCUUCUCAGACUCCAUGCAAAUUCUGGUAGGAGUUUUGCAAACUGUGCCCAAAGUAAUAGGAACAUCAAGGAAGCGUGGACGACAACAGAACAGCUCCAGUUUACAAUUUUUGCUGCACAUGGAAUUUCAAGUAAUUGGGUAUCAAAUUACGAAAAAUACUACUUGAUAUGUUCCCUGUCUCACAAUGGAAAGGAUCUUUUUAAACCUAUUCAAUCAAAGAAGGUUGGCACUUAUAAGAAUUUCUUCUAUCUUAUUAAAUGGGAUGAACUAAUUAUUUUUCCCAUCCAGAUAUCACAAUUGCCAUUAGAAUCACUUCUUCACCUUACUCUUUUUGGAAUUUUAAAUCAGAGCAGUGGAAGUUCCCCUGAUUCUAAUAAGCAGAGAAAAGGGCCAGAAGCUUUGGGCAAAGUCUCUUUACCUCUUUUUGACUUUAAACGGUUUUUAACAUGUGGAACUAAGCUUCUGUAUCUUUGGACUUCCUCACAUACAAAUCCUGUUCCUGGAACAGUACCCAGAAAAGGGUAUGUGAUGGAAAGAAUAGUGUUACAGGUUGAUUUUCCUUCUUCUACAUUUGAUGUUGUUUAUACUACUCCUCAACUUGACAAAAGCAUUAUACAGCAACACAAUUUAGAAACAUUGGAGAAUGAUACAAAAGGAAAACUUCUUGAUAUUCUUCAUAGAGACUCAUCACUGGGACUUUCUAAAGAAGAUAAAGCCUUUUUGUGGGAAAAACGUUAUUAUUGCCUCAAAUACCCAAAUUGUCUUCCUAAAGUACUAGCAAGUGCCCCAAACUGGAAAUGGGUUAAUCUUGCCAAAACUUACUCACUGCUUCAGCAGUGGCCUCCAUUGCACCCACUGACUGCGCUGGAACUACUUGAUUCAAAAUUUGCUGAUCAAGAAGUGAGGUCCAUAGCUGUGACCUGGAUUGAGGCUAUAAGUGAUGAUGAGCUAACUGAUCUUCUUCCACAGUUUGUACAGGCUUUGAAAUAUGAAAUUUACUUGAACAGUUCAUUAGUGCACUUCCUUCUGUCCAGAGCAUUAGGAAAUAUACACAUUGCACACAACUUAUAUUGGCUCCUCAAGGAUGCUCUGCAUGAUGCACAGUUUGGUGCUCGAUAUGAACAUGUUUUGGGUGCUCUCCUCUCAGUAGGAGGAAAAGGACUCAGAGAAGAACUUUUGAAGCAGACAAAACUUGUACAGCUUUUAGGAGGAGUAGCAGAAAAAGUAAGGCAGGCUAGUGGAUCAGCCAGACAGGUCGUCCUCCAAAGAAGUAUGGAACGAGUACAGUCGUUUUUUCUGAGAAAUAAAUGCCGUCUUCCUCUCAAUCCAAGUCUUGUUGCAAAAGAAUUAAAUAUUAAGUCCUGUUCCUUCUUCAGUUCUAAUGCUGUGCCCCUAAAAGUAACAAUGGUGAAUGCUGAUCCAAUGGGGGAAGAAAUUAAUGUCAUGUUUAAGGUUGGUGAAGAUCUUCGGCAAGAUAUGUUAGCUUUACAGAUGAUAAAGAUUAUGGACAAGAUCUGGCUUAAAGAAGGACUAGAUCUGAGGAUGGUAAUUUUCAAAUGCCUCUCUACUGGCAGAGAUCGAGGUAUGGUGGAGCUAGUUCCUGCUUCGGAUACCCUCAGGAAAAUCCAAGUGGAAUAUGGUGUGACUGGAUCCUUUAAAGAUAAACCACUUGCAGAGUGGUUGAGGAAAUACAAUCCUUCUGAAGAAGAAUAUGAAAAGGCGUCUGAAAAUUUUAUUUAUUCUUGUGCUGGAUGCUGUGUAGCCACGUAUGUUCUAGGCAUCUGUGAUCGACACAAUGAUAAUAUAAUGCUUCGAAGCACAGGACACAUGUUUCACAUUGACUUUGGAAAGUUUUUGGGCCAUGCACAGAUGUUUGGUAGCUUCAAAAGGGAUCGGGCUCCUUUUGUGCUGACCUCGGAUAUGGCAUAUGUCAUUAAUGGGGGUGAAAAGCCUACCAUUCGUUUCCAGUUGUUUGUGGACCUCUGCUGUCAGGCCUACAACUUAAUAAGAAAGCAAACAAACCUCUUUCUUAACCUCCUUUCACUGAUGAUUCCUUCAGGGUUACCAGAACUUACAAGUAUUCAAGACUUGAAAUAUGUUAGAGAUGCUCUUCAACCCCAAACUACAGAUGCAGAAGCUACAAUUUUCUUUACUAGGCUUAUUGAAUCAAGUUUGGGAAGCAUUGCCACAAAGUUUAACUUCUUCAUUCACAAUCUUGCUCAGUUGCGUUUUUCUGGUCUUCCUUCCAAUGAUGAGCCCAUUCUUUCAUUUUCACCCAAAACAUACUCGUUUAGACAAGAUGGUCGAAUCAAGGAAGUCUCUGUUUUCACUUACCAUAAGAAAUACAAUCCAGAUAAACAUUAUAUUUAUGUAGUCCGAAUUUUGAGGGAAGGACAGCUUGAGCCAUCAUUUGUGUUCCGGACUUUUGAUGAAUUUCAGGAACUUCACAAUAAGCUCAGUAUUAUUUUUCCACUUUGGAAGUUACCAGGCUUUCCUAAUAGGAUGGUUCUCGGCAGAACACACAUAAAAGAUGUAGCAGCCAAAAGGAAAAUUGAGUUAAACAGUUAUUUACAGAAUUUGAUGAGUGCUUCAACAGAUGUAGCAGAGUGUGAUCUUGUUUGUACUUUUUUCCACCCUUUACUUCGUGAUGAAAAAGCUGAAGGACUAGCUAGGUCCGCAGAUGCAGGUCCAUUCAGUCCUACUCCAGGCCAAAUUGGAGGAGCAGUGAAAUUAUCUGUCUCUUACCGAAAUGGUACUCUUUUUAUCAUGGUGAUGCACAUCAAAGAUCUUGUUACUGAGGAUGGAGCUGACCCAAAUCCAUAUGUCAAAACAUACCUACUUCCAGAUACCCAUAAAACAUCCAAACGGAAAACCAAAAUUUCACGAAAAACUAGGAAUCCAACAUUCAAUGAGAUGCUUGUGUACAGUGGAUAUAGCAAGGAAACCUUAAGACAGAGACAGCUUCAACUGAGUGUUCUUAGUGCAGAAUCUCUGCGGGAGAAUUUUUUCCUGGGUGGAGUGACCCUGCCUUUAAAGGAUUUCAACUUGAGCAAAGAGACGGUUAAGUGGUAUCAGCUGACGGCAGCAACCUAUUUGUAAGCUAGUGAAUUUCUGAGCUUUGGAAGCAAGAACAGUUAUAAACGUGUAUACACACAUACAUACUUGGGGAUUUUGUAUAGUAUUUUUAUACUUGGACAGAAAUAAUAAAGGUAAAUGUACUUAUUGCAUUUCAAUACAUCUGUUGGACCAGUCACAUAAUUAACUUUUUUGAACAUGUUGAAGCCAUUGAUGUUUUAGAGUCAUUAUAUAGAAUGCUAUAAACCCUAAACUUAAUAUAUAAUAAGUCCCGACAAAGACUUUGAGUUGGUAAAGGAUUUAAUCCUCUCUUGAUUAAUUCAGAGUAAUAGCUUUAUAGUUUGGUCUGAUAGUACUAUGUCAGUUCAGCCAUCUAUUUUGCAUUGUUUCUUACACAGACACAGCACAUUUGUUUUCCUGUUUUGCACCUUUUACAGCCUUUACCACUGUGUGUGUUCACAAACACCAAAGGAAAGGAAAGGUGCAGGAUAUUACCAGAAAAUGCAGCUGCUAUUCACAGGGCCGAAAGCAAAGCACAAAUAAUAGAUAGUUAUGUUCAGAACUACUAUGUAGUUUAUAGAAGUAGGGGAAAAUAAUACUGCUUUUUUUUAUCACCCAUGUCUUUAAAACCUUUUUCAGAAUAAGUGCCAAUCACUGAAGUUGUAAAUAGUGGUGCCUUAACUUCAUAUGCUUCCCUGGCACUUCAUUCUGAUCUUUUCCUGACUUGAUAAAUAAUGAGUAAGUAGUUUUCACUCAUUUUCAAUUUCAAGUAACUAAAGAAUUAUGUACAUUUACUAAUGUUUUUCCCAUUGAAAGAUCAUUUUUUCUACUUCUCAUGUUUUUGUUGCCCCGUAACUGAAUGAGAGUCAUCGAUGUAACUGUAUGCUAAAUGCCAUCAUUCCAUUAUAAUCCUCCAUUUACUUCCAGGAGUGUGACUUGAACUUUGGUAAUCCACCUCCAUGUAUCUGUACUCCACUUUCUCAUUAAGCAAGUGAAAAUUGUUCACUCGUGUACCCAUUCCUAUUUGGUAGAAGAACUCCAUGAAUAGGGCAGACUCUUCACAGGAGGCCCAGGACAAGAAUUCUAGGGUCCAGACUGAAUUUUAUUGUAGACUUUCAUAGCAAAGUUUGUCUUGUAAGCCGUCUUACUUAUAUUUGUAAACAUUAUACAUUGACAUGAAUUAAUUUCCUUAAUAUAAUGGAAUUUAGAAUCAUAAGAGACAUGAUUGAAAUUAUUCUACAGUAACCAUUAAGGAUAAGAUUCAUUUUUAUUCUUCGUUCCACUGCACACAUACAUAAUUUUGUGUUUAGUUUGAAUAAAUGUUUAUAUAUUCUCUUGCCUAGAAUAUAAUUUAAGACACUUUUGUAAAUGGUAAUAGAGAUUGUAGUAAUCUAGUUGCUAUGAGGUAACUGACACAAUAUGCAAUGAAGAAUACCAACAGAGAAAGGACAAUCUCUAAUUCAGUUGACCAUAACAUAAUUUUUAUGAACUGUGCAGAUAUUUAAUGUAAAUGGUAAAACCUACAGAGCAGAAAUAGAAUAGUUGAGGAUGUAUCAGUGGGAUAGGUUUAAAACACACACACACACACACACACACACACACACACACACACACACUUGAAAUUUUUGGUGCCUAACACUAAUGGUCCAUUUGUAGGAAACCCCGUUAGUAUGAUAUAUGAAUGUCUUUUUUUUUUAACGUUAAAAUGUGUUGUCUAUUUAAUAAUUUAAUUAAAAUGCAAAUCAAGCACCACCAUUUAUUUACUUUUUCCACAUCCAGUUAACAUUUCCUUAAAGUGUAUAAGUACUUUUCAGAUAUAAAUAAGUGCUAGAUAUUACCACUUAAGUUUUUGAGAUCUAAUUCCAUUCCAUGAGUUGUCAUUUAGCCAUUGGGGGAAAAAAAAGAAAAAAGUAAAAAAGGCAAAAAAAAAAAACCUUGUCUUGGCAAAAGGUUAUUGUUAUUUGGUCACAGUGUGUACUGCCUAUUUGCAGUCUGUUAACAGCAGUGUGUCUUUUAGCACAUAUAAUAGAACUAGAAAAUGUGAUGUCACUUUUUCAAUUAUAAGAAAUCUGGAUUUCUUACCUAAAAAUGUAUAUUAUGACUAAUACUGUACAGUUAAUCAGUCAGGACAAGUGGUAAUGUUUUUCUUAAUUUAACUCAUUUUGUGCCUUCUUUGGUCAUUAAAAAAAUACACACAUAUUUUACAUAUAUUUUAAUAUAAGUUAUUUCUUUGUAAAACGCUAAUAUUCUGCCCUUACCAAAAAAAAAAAAAAAAAAAAAAGAAAAGAAAAAGGGACAGAGGCGCCUCUUUGCACUACUACUUUAAGUAGACUUUAAAUCAGUUUUUUUUAAACAUUUUUUUUAAAGCUUGCAUUAGAGUAAAUCUGAAGCAAAAGUUUGAACAAACUGGCCAAGACACUAAUUUUUAUGUAUAAUCACAAUGUUUUAUACCUGUCUUUACUGAGAAAAAAUAAUUAUGCUACAUACAAGUCCUGCCCUAGAAUUCUUUCCUCUUGCAGUGUUUUGGGAUUUGAAAAUAAUGGUUUAUUCCGAGAACCUAUUAUUCUCUCUACUGAGGAACCCAAUGUAGAACUUGCACUGACAUUUUAUUGCUGCCUUUAUAAAAAUCUAUAGGUAGUUAACUGUUAAGGCAUGUAUGAUCUUUGAUAAAGUAUUCUUUUAUCUUUUCAGAUUAAAGUUGUAUAAAAGUUUCAAUAUCUUGCCUUAAAUUGGUUAACUAUUCUUUCUAGGAUUCAAGUAUUGUGGCAUUUUAAAAAAUAUAUCCAAUUUUGAUACUUAGACUUCAGGUCAAAAUGGACUAAAAGCCCCACUACCAUAAUCCAUGGAUUUACUUACAUACCGUUUGAUUAGCAGUGCAAAUAGGAAUGAAUAUGGCAAGUAGUCUCAUCUAUAAGAACCAAAUACUUUAAUUAUAUUAAGGUAGUGAGUAAAGAUGUAUAAUAUUUUUAUUAAUACCUUGAAUAUAUUCAGUGGAUUGAAUGUGACUUCAUAACUGUACUACGAUUGUAUUAAAAUAUUUCUGGAAUAAAGGAA